AUUGAACGAACGAUUCCACGCAGAGGGAUCGCAAAGGAUAGAGCUUGAUUGAAGCUGGAGCAAUCAAAAUGGCUCCCUGGGAGGAAUUUGACUCUAUAUUCUAUUUCAAUAAGAACUUCACCUACGAUGGAAAGAUCAUCGAACAGAUCCUUUCCAAUCGCCGUGCGCUGGAAAACAAGCUCUUUGCCGAUAGACUGUUAGGAUUGCUAGGGGUCCAAGCAGUUACCAAAUUAUAUCCUCCAAGAUCGAAUGCGGAUCUCCGAACUCUUGUCGGCCAUAUUGUUUCAUCCGAAUUGGAUAUUCACCACAAGCAGAGCUUGAUAUACUACAUCUUAAAGGAUUGUCGGGCUCCCAGUGAUGCUGCUACACAAUUUUCGCGACGAUGCCAUCUUCCUGAGAAAUAUAGGCUGUUUAUCGAGGGACUUUGGAAUCUUGACCGACUAGAAUUUAGGCGAGCUAUUGAAUACUUGACGGAACCAUCUAUCAUCCCUACCUUUCCAGACGAAAUCCUCUAUGCUCUUACCCUUUCACAUCUUCCAAGACACGAUGAUAGCCUUGUUAUGGCAUAUUACCUCACCGUUACCCCCCCAUUAGCCUCUGAGAAAUCACAAAGGGCUUUUAUGGAGACGCUUUGCCGCUCCAGUAUCACGGAAGCGUUUUACUUUACUCGGAAGCAUCACGAGGCCCUUCGCCAAAUGUACCUCACGCAGCUCAUAGAAUUCGUUCACCGGACCGAUGCUGGCCAGAUUCGAAGCAAGCGCGCGAUGGAGCUCAUCGGCCUCCCUUUUGAUGACCAGGAGGAGGAAUGGUUUGAGAAUUGUUUACUUCGUGGGAGUGCAAAGACGCUACAUGGGGCGAAGGACACCGUCCUGAUGCGCCGUCUAGCAACUGGGAAAAUCUCUGGGCUGUCGGCCGAGCUACAGUCCUUGGGCGGAAAGAAAAUCGAUGGACUGAACUGGGACAUGCUCAAAGAAAGCGUGGAGCAUACGCAGACAUUGGCCACCAGCAGUGGGAAAUCCUCAUGAUAGGGAGACUGAUAUGACUUGAUUUCAUGAAAAUGGGAGCGGGCGUUUCAACUUGUAAUCAUUAUAAUGGCUUUUUCAUAGGAAUUGAGCAUCUGGAUUCGACUUCAGCAAGCACUGUACAGCUACUCCAAGUUACUCGAAGUCCUUGAAAGUUCAAAUUCUAUCUCAG